AUGAAGCCUGGGCGACGAGAGGCCAAACCUCAGGGGGGUCAGGACUGUCGGUGCUAUCUCCUCCUUCCUGGGCACCUGGCUGGACCAGGGCACGGAGGACUCCUGUCAGCGCCCGAGCUUCCCUGCCUCAGGCAGCUGGUGGCCUCCGUGCAGCUCAACACGCCCAGCUCCGACCUGGAGCACGCGGACCUCGGCGAGGGGGCGCCCUUCUGUGAGUCCCCCCCAGCCCGUGGCUCCUCACACGCGGUGGCCCUGUCCUCUCUGUCCGGUGGCAGGAAGGAACGUCUGCUCCGUGCAGUCAGCCUGGCGUGGGCCCUGCCCCCGAGAGGCCCCAGACCUGUCCCUCUCGCUGGUCCUGGCAGCGCCGCCUGCGUGCCCUUCCCGGCCAGUCGAGGACCAGGUGAGGCUCGGGGCGAAGACCUGAAGGCCCAUCAGACAGAGACACACACCACGGGGACCCAGGACACGAGCUGGUCCUCUGGUCCUUCCUGCAAGGCUUCCACCUCCCCGGCCUCCCCCCUCACCCCCGAGGGGCCCCACAGACAGGCCAAGCCACUGGAGACGCUGAAGCUUUUUAUUUGA